UAAAAAUUGUUUUUAAAGAGUGGAUACUCUCCUGUGUUUCAUUUCAAGUGUUCCUCUUUCGGAACACUGAAAAUGCUGACAUUUGACAGCUGUUUAUUAUAGUUUGUUUAUUGCAGGACUCCAAUUAAGAAUUUGUUAUUUUUGUUAUAGAAUCUUUUUUAAGCUAUGACUGGGGAUAGUGAAAUGCGCAAUAAUAGCUGCUCGGAUCAGGAUGAUUUUAUAGAUGUAGCUCAUUACAGAAAUCUAGUAAAACAAUUUAUAGAUAUGCGACGAUACCAAACUGCACUGUUCUGGUCUGAAAAAGUCUGUGUUCUCAGUAAUAAUGAUCCAAAUGAUGUUUAUUCUCAAGCGCAAUGCAUGUUUCUUCUAAAAGAAUACCAUCGAGCCGCACACAAAAUUCGUUACCAUAAAUUGGAGAAGACAAAUAUACCGUGCUACAAUUUACUAUUAGAGAGUCUGUAUGAAGCUAAAGAGUUUAACGAUGCUGUCUCCAUCAUUAACACUGUCGACGUUGAGUUUCUUGCUUCCUCUUUAUUAAAUCAUCCAAUUGAUGGACGAGUUGAUGAAAAUAAUAGUAUUUAUUUCGAUGAUGUCGGCAAAAAUGAAACACUUGCAUCAAUAUACUUUCUUAAGGGCAAAAUAUUCGAAGCAAUGGACAAUCGCGGUUUAGCAAUGGAUUUUUAUGUGCAGGCCUUACAUAAAUCAAUUUAUUGCUACGAAGCUUUAGAUGCGUUAUUGCAACAUGAAAUGCUUAUGGCUUGGGAAGAAAAGGAAUUGAUGCAACAUCUACCACUUGUACAACAGUCUUCCGAAGCUGAUGCUAAAUUUAUUUCGACAUUAUAUGAAUCAAAGCUAAAAAAAUAUUAUGACUCAAUUAAUCCGCAAACUAAUACAGAAGAGGCUCCAAUUGAAAAUGUCACAAUGAAAUCAAUCAAAGAACUUACUGAGAGAAUACUUAAAACGCGCACAACUGGUGGACACCUUUAUAGAAAUUUAUUACCAAAGUUUAUGACACCAACUCAAAUAAUAUCACCAGCAAAUAAAGUACUAGAAGACUUGAAAAACACACCAUUUUCUCUUCAAGUGAGUCUCACACGUGCUUCUUCUUUAGCGAACGAAACGGCGCGUUCGCAUACAGAAACUCCAGGUCGUGCUCGCCACAAAGAAUCAGAUUACAAUAUAGGUUUACCUCUUGUUGUCAGUUUAGAACGAAUAAACAAUAGCACUGAUAUAAUGGCUGCGGAAGCUGAAAAGUUAUUUUACGAUUGUGAAUAUAAAAAGUGCUUCAAAAUUCUCAACGAGCUUAUUAAAAUCGAUCCUUACCACAACGAAGCAUUAACAGUACAAAUUGGUUGCCUUGUAGAAUUUGGAGACUACAACAAGCUUUUCUAUGUGGCUCAUAAAUUGGUUGAUCGAUAUCCUGAUAAAGCUAUAUCCUGGUAUGCCGUAGGAUGUUACUAUGAUCUCAUUGGAAAAAGUGAUCCAGCUCGUAGGUACCUCUCUAAGGCAACGUCAUUAGAUCGUUUGUACGGACCUGCAUGGUUGGCAUAUGGACAUUCGUUUGCAAAAGAAAAUGAGCAUGAUCAGGCUAUGGCUGCUUAUUUCAAAGCUACUCAGCUUAUGCGCGGUUGUCAUUUGCCUUUACUAUACAUAGGCGUCGAAUGUGGGUUGACGAAAAACUUGGAGUUAGCUGAAAAAUUCUUUUAUCAAGCCAUGUCCAUAGCACCUUUGGAUGUGUAUGUUUUACAUGAAUUGGGCGUUAUUAAAUACGAAUAUGACUAUUUCGAGAGUGCUGAAGAAGUUUUCCGAGCAACAGUUGAAAUUGUUACUAAUCGUGCGAAACAGAAUAAGGAGGAAGUUUCAGCGCGCUGGGAACCUUUGUUUAACAAUUUAGGACAUUGUUGUCGCAAAAAUAAAAAAUAUGAGGAUGCCUUGGAAUAUCACCAAUACGCAUUACUUCUAAAACCCCAAACUCCACAAACCUACACCGCAAUAGGAUUUGUACAUGCUUUAAUGGGUAAUCUCGAAGAUGCGAUAACGUACUUCCAUAAAAGUUUAGCUAUAAAUAGAGACUGUAUUGUAACAUCAACUAUUUUAAAGACUUGUAUUGAAGAUCACUUGGAUCAGGAAUCGAUCAUUGAGAGCAUCUGUGGAAAGCAUUGCCCACCCGCAACAGCAGCAUCUACACUUAAAACUCCUAUAAAACGCGGGUCACCAAUUGAGGAAUCACCACUUAAAUUUAACUGUAUGAAACUUAAAUUUGAUGAAGAGGAUAUUUCAACGCAGGCUGAUAACAUCGAUACAAAUUUAAUAAUGGAUAUAAGCAUGGAUUUAUAAGUAUUUUACGGUUUAAAAAAAUAAAUUUAAGUACCAAA